UUCGAUGUGCCGGAUUCUCUGCCCGUAAAAGCGAUUGGGAACUCGCUUAAUUGUCAUAACAUCAUGUCAAGAGGAAAUAACCAAUUGGUGCAAAUUCAAACAAUAGAGAGCGACAAUACGUACCCGAGUAGUGGUGAAAGUUCGUUGAGAACCACAAGCACCUUCGAUGUGGUUUCUGCCCAUGGUUCACGACAAUGCAGCAUAUCUUCAAAGUGUAUGAAGAAGACGCGUGACAGUCAUAUUGACGAAAACAUAAUCAACUGGAAAUCAACAGCAUACGGCACGAUUUCGAAAGAGGACCUCGACGUGUCGGAUUCCGUGACUGUAAGCGCGAUUGAGAACUCGCACAAUUCCAGUCGGUCCAAGUUAAGAGGAAAAUGUCAGGAGUUUCCGAUUCCGUCGAGAGAGAACGAUGCUACGUAUCGUAGUAGUGGUGUAGAUGUUUCGAGAAACGUUUUUCCACGAAUUAAUACUAUUGAUGAUGAAAAUGUCGUUAUCUUGAAGUCAGCACGCGAAACGAAAACACUAUCGGAUGCCGUUAUCUUGCAUUCAAUGCCCAUCGACCAUGGUCUAUCAUCGGAUGAAGAAGAAGCAGAUAUAGACGAUGAAGCCAAUGAAAUUGAGGUUGGAGACUGUACAUUGCUUAAAGAAUUCGAUCUAGAGAAUAUGUUUGAGAAAUAUUCUAAUAAAACAGUACUUUUCGAAGAAGACAUUGGUAACAUUGCCAUAAUUUGACUAACAAAAUACUUGAAAAACUAUCGCUUUUAUAUUUACAGGUGAA